UCCGGACCGCUCGGGCGGGUGCCAUGUGAGGCCAGCCUGGCUCUCCUCCAGCCGGCCCUCCUUCCUUCCUCCGCCUGCCCCUGCCCGCGUGUGCCUGUCCAGCCUCUCCAGAGAGGGCCGCUUAGCACCAUGUCUCUGCUCAGCCCUGUCCUGCUGCCCCCCAAGGUGGAGGCUUAUCUGAGCCAAGGGGAGCGCUUCAUCAAAUGGGACGAUGAAACCACGAUAGCUUCUCCGGUUAUCCUCCGUGUGGAUCCCAAGGGCUACUACUUAUAUUGGACAUAUCAGAGUAAGGAGACAGAGUUUCUAGAUAUCACCAGCAUCAGGGAUACCCGCUUUGGGAAGUUUGCCAAGAUACCCAAGAGCCAGAAGCUCCGAGAGGUCUUCAACAUGGACUUUCCUGACAACAACUUCCUGCUAAAGACACUCACCGUGGUGUCUGGCCCUGACAUGGUGGACCUCACCUUCCACAACUUUGUCUCCUACAAGGAGAAUGUGGGCAAGAACUGGGCUGAAGACGUGCUAGCUCUGGCCAAGCACCCAUUGACGGCCAAUGCUUCCCGCAGCACCUUCUUGGACAAAAUCCUGGUGAAACUCAAGAUGCAGCUCAACCCCGAAGGGAAGAUUCCUGUGAAAAAUUUUUUCCAGAUGUUUCCUGCUGACCGCAAGCGGGUAGAAGCUGCCCUCAGUGCCUGCCACCUCCCAAAAGGCAAGAAUGAUGCCAUCAAUCCUGAGGACUUCCCAGAAUCUGUCUACAAGAGUUUCCUCAUGAACCUCUGUCCUCGGCCAGAAAUAGACGAGAUCUUCACUUCUUACCAUGCCAAGGCCAAACCCUACAUGACCAAGGAGCACCUGACCAAAUUCAUCAACCAGAAACAGAGGGACCCCCGUCUCAACUCCUUGCUGUUUCCACCUGCGCGGCCUGACCAGGUGCGGGGCCUCAUCGACAAGUAUGAACCCAGUGGCAUCAACGUGCAGAGGGGCCAGCUAUCACCUGAGGGCAUGGUGUGGUUUCUGUGCGGCCCAGAGAACAGCGUCCUGUCCCAGGACAAGCUGCUACUCCACCACGAUAUGACGCAGCCACUCAACCAUUACUUCAUCAACUCCUCACACAACACCUACCUGACAGCCGGCCAGUUCUCUGGCCUCUCCUCGGCGGAGAUGUACCGCCAGGUGCUGCUGGCUGGCUGCCGCUGUGUGGAGCUGGACUGCUGGAAGGGCAAGCCCGCUGACGAGGAGCCCAUCAUUACCCAUGGCUUCACCAUGACCACAGACAUCUAUUUCAAGGAAGCCAUUGAAGCCAUUGCAGAAAGUGCCUUUAAGACCUCCCCCUAUCCUGUCAUCCUGUCAUUUGAAAACCAUGUGGACUCACCCCGCCAACAGGCCAAGAUGGCUGAAUACUGCCGGAUGAUGUUUGGGGAUAUGCUGCUCACAGAGCCCUUGGAAAAGUUCCCACUGAAACCAGGCAUCCCUCUGCCUAGCCCUGAGGAUCUCCGAGGCAAGAUCCUCAUCAAGAACAAAAAGAACCCGUUUUCUGGCCCAGCAACCCCCAGGAAGGAAUCAGGUGGGGAAGCUGAGGGCAACUGCCCACCCAAUGCCUCUGUGGGUGAGGGCACAGGGUGGCCUGGUGAGGAAGGGGAAGAGCUGGAGGAGGAAGAGGUGGAGGAAGAGGAGGAGGAGGAGUCGGGAAACCUGGAUGAGGAAGAGAUCAAGAAGAUGCAGUCGGAUGAGGGCACAGCGGGCCUGGAGGUGACAGCCUACAAGGAGAUGUCCAGCCUGGUGAAUUACAUCCAACCCACCAAAUUCAUCUCCUUCGAGCUCUCUGCCAAAAAGAACCGAAGUUAUGUCAUCUCGUCCUUCACAGAGCUCAAGGCUUAUGACCUGCUCUCCAAGGCCUCAGUGAAGUUUGUGGACUACAACAAGCGCCAGAUGAGCCGCAUUUACCCUAAGGGCACCCGCAUGGACUCCUCCAACUACAUGCCCCAGAUGUUCUGGAAUGCUGGUUGCCAGAUGGUUGCCCUCAACUUCCAGACUAUGGACCUGCCCAUGCAGCAGAACAUGGCGCUGUUUGAGUUCAAUGGGCAGAGUGGUUACCUCCUCAAGCAUGAGUUCAUGCGCCGCCCAGACAAGCAGUUCAACCCCUUCUCGGUGGACCGCAUUGACGUGGUGGUAGCCACCACCCUGUCCAUUACGGUGAUCUCUGGGCAGUUCCUGUCUGAACGCAGUGUGCGCACCUAUGUGGAAGUGGAACUCUUUGGCCUUCCUGGGGACCCCAAGAGGCGCUAUCGCACCAGGCUGUCACCCAGUGCCAACUCCAUCAAUCCUGUCUGGAAGGAAGAGCCUUUUGUCUUUGAGAAGAUCUUGAUGCCUGAGCUGGCCUCUCUCAGGGUGGCUGUAAUGGAGGAAGGCAACAAAUUUCUUGGACACCGCAUCAUCCCCAUUAAUGCCCUGAAUUCUGGCUACCACCAUCUGUGCCUGCAUAGUGAGAGCAACAUGCCCCUUACCAUGCCUGCACUUUUUGUCUUCUUGGAGAUGAAGGACUAUGUACCUGACACCUGGGCAGAUCUCACCGUGGCUCUUGCCAAUCCCAUCAAGUUCUUCAGUGCCCACGAUAAGAAGUCUGUGAAGCUCAAGGAAGCCAUGGGAGCUCUGCCUGAGAAACCCUUCUCCCCCGAGAGUCCAGUUGCAGGCCAGUUCAAUGGGCCAUUGGCCCCAGUGAGCAACGGAUCUGCAGCAGCCCGGGCCAGGGCCAGGGAGGAGGCCGCCAAAGAAGCUGCGGAGCCGCAGACCGCCAGCCCGGAGGAGCUGCAGGAGCUGAAGGGCAUCGUGAAGCUGCAGCGGCGGCACGAGAAGGAGCUCCGGGACCUGGAGCGGCGCGGCGCGCGGCGCCGGGAGGAGCUGCUGCAGAGGGGCGCGGCGCAGCUGGCCGGGCUGGGGCCGCCGGGCGCGGGGGGCUGCGGGGGCCGCAGGCUCGGCCCCGGGAAGGGCUCCCGCAAGAAGAGGUACCGGCGGCGGGCCCUCCGCGGCGCCGGCGGGCGGGGGCGGCCGGGGGCUCAGCGCCUGCCCACACGUGGCCUCCGCAGGACCUUGCCCUGCGACGAGGCCGCCGGGGCCGCGCCCCAGGAGGACCUCGAGGGCCCCGAGGGCGCGGAGGCGCGGGCGCGCGAGCUGAAGGACCGGCUGGAGCUGGAGUUGCUGCAGCAGGGCGAGGAGCAGUACGAGUGCAUCCUGAAGCGCAAGGAGCAGCACGUGGCUGAGCAAAUCGCCAAGAUGAUGGAGCUGGCCAGAGAGAAGCAGGCUGCAGAGCUGAAGACCCUCAAGGAGACCUUGGAGACUGACACUAAAGAGAUGAAGAAAAAGCUGGAAGCCAAGAGGCUGGAGCGGAUUCAGGCCAUGGUCAAAGUCACCUCAGACAAGAUGGCUCAGGAAAGGCUGAAGAGAGAGAUUAACAACUCCCACAUCCAGGAGGUGGUGCAAGUCAUUAAGCAGAUGACAGAGAGCCUGGAGAAGCACCAGGAGAAGCUGGAGGAGAAGCAGGCAGCCUGCUUGGAACAGAUCCGGGAGAUGGAAAAGCAGUUCCAGCAGGAGGCUCUGGCAGAGUACGAGGCCAGGAUGAAGGGCUUGGAGGCCGAGGUGAAGGAGUCCGUGAGGGCCUGCCUUAGGAGCUGCUUCCCCUCUGAGGCCAAGGACAUGCCUGAGAGGCCCUGUGAGGCCUUCCGGGAGCUGUGUGAGCAGGACCCACUCGCAGCAAAGGCAGGUGCCCAGGAGAGCCGCCUCUGAUGCCCUCAUGUCUCUGGGACAUUCUGUAAGGACAUUCACCCUUCUCUGGGAUGUGGCUCCAUACCCCCUGGAGGAGAGGCCCUGGCAUUCGAAGGAUGUGGGAAGCUGGGGCUCUCUUGGACUCCGGAGCCCCCUCCUCAACAGCCAGGCUAAAGGAGGAGGCAGGAACCAGGUAGCAUCAGGGCAGGGGUCCAUUUGAGGUUUAGAGGUCCUCUCCAAUCUGACUUUCUACUCCUCAUCCUUCUUCUCUGCCUCUGAAUAAGUGUCACAUAUUUGUUGAGGGCAAAAGGAUAUGGACUGGAGGCAGGGAAUGGGGUCCUGGCCUCACUCUACCUUCCCUAGUGUGCAACUAGGGGUGCCCCACACUGGACUCUGUCCUCACCUGGAGGGUUAGGUCUAGCUGCCUGGAACCUCCAUUCUAGCACCCCUAGUUCAAGCAGGAUCAAACACCAAACACCUUCCUGCUGUGAGGUCCCGUCACAGACCUGUCCUGAGCUGGCCUCCUUGUCAGUUCCCUAAUACAGAACCCGGCACUCUGUCCAAGCUUCCUGGGGAUGGCUACUUCCAGGAUCCCAGGACGAGGUUGCUUCCCUGGCCUCCUGCCUGUGGGGGAUGGGAGGCUGACCUGGAAAAGCUGCCUCAGCUGUCUGACCACUGAGAGGACUGGGCUUCUGGCUAGUAGGAGGGCUAAGGAAGGCCUUUGAGGCACUCUCCUAGGCCUGGGGUGGGGGGGUGUUACUUCCUAGUAUGUAUCCCCACUCAGGCUGCCUUACAAGGUCAGCAUCAUUUUCUUUCCUCACUUUGAGAUUUAUUUAUUUUUCUCUUUCUUACACCUACUAAAGAGAGCCUUG